ACGGGUGUUGUUCUCUUUCACGAUGAACACCCGAACUUAACAUCCUCGCUCGAAAUUCGCGAGAAUGGGGCGAUAACUGAAGCGUAGUCAGAAGGACCGCGAUCCGACAGCAAAGCAAGUGUCCGCUGCGCCAUGUCGCUUGUUAUUGAGCGCCUCGCCACACCAUUGUCCUCGAGACGAAAGAAGUACGACUGUACGAGUGCAUCUUCCGCAGAAUGCGACAAGAUGCGUAGUAAAGGAUGGCAGGAUGCAUAUCGCCCCUCUCUGCGGGAACAUGCAUUUGCACUUUUCUAGGCGCUAAGGCACGGAAGUCGGAGCUUUCUCUUCUGCUCCUCGUCAUUCUUAUUGUCACAGUGGCGAAUUAUUGACACGGAAUAGUUUCGCCCAAUGCAGGUGACAACUUCAGUGAGCCGGAGUAACUUUUGCCUCUCUCGCGCUGAAUGCAGUUCUCGUACCUGCAUGCUUUAUACCCGCUGUCUCCCUUUCGUGCCCAAAUGCUCAAACCGUAAUUCCACUAACGGCAUCCAUCACAUGGUCUUUGUUACUUGUACAUUCUCUCGCGCUGAAUGCAGUUCCCGAACCCUCAUGAUUUAACCCCCCUGUCUCCCUUUCGUGCCCGAGUGCUCAAAUCGUGAUUUUCCAUUGACGACAUCCAUCACAUGGUCUUUGUUACUUGUACAUCUUCAAGAUUCAACGACUUCUGGGUGCGUGCAGCACGUGCGUGGGCGUGUGCGCGCGCGCGCGCGUGUGUGUGAGCACGGGUGUUCACAUGUCUGCGGGGGACCCAAAGGCCGCGAGACAAACCUAGUCGGGGAUUGGCACUAUCGACAGGGAAAGCAGAGCUGUGUCUGAGUGUGACCCUUUGUGUUCCUUUGUGUGCCUUUCACAGAGAGAGAGAGAGAGAGAGAGAGAGAGAGAGAGAGAGAGAGAGAGAGAGAGAGAGAGAGAGAGAGAGAGAGGAGUGUGUGAUGCAUGUUGUGCUGCACGGGGUGUAGUUGGCGUUGGGAUUUUCCAUCUGCUUUUUCUGGUCGAUUGUUGUAACUAUAUAGUAAUGAUGCGUAUAUCGGCACAAAUCAGGCAGGUCGCGUGCGCACUGCGCAGCGUGUUGGGGAGUAGUUCUUGGCGGGAAGUGGUGGAAAAGCUUCCAUAAAAACGAUAAGAAAAUUGCGGAGGAGCAAAAGCUUCCAUCUUUUCCGAAAACCGAGAGGGAAGUGGUGGAAAGCAAGCUAUAAGUUCAUUCCGAGGAGAUGAGCCCGUAUCGUAGUUGUUCUAUCCGUUUGCUUUUAUAUCUUAUCCUUUUGGGCCCUCACUUGGACGUGCAGGCACUCGCUUAGUCUUUCGAACCAAGCGCUCCAUCCAUUGUAUCUUUCCCCACUGCUUGACAUCAUACCGCCGUCACGCCGUGAUUCCCCAAUCUCGCCGUCAUUCCGCAAUUACAGUAUCUGUCUGGCCGUCCGUCUAUCAUCACCAUAGGUGCGGCAAUCAAGGCGGUAGUGUGGUAGAGAGCUGUUUCACCAAGGAAGGAAACAAUUGCGUCGAGAAAGGAGUUGGGCGCCUGCCGAAAAAAGAAGGCAAUAGAGACCGACGACAGACGACGAGUGUCCUGCGUAAUACGUACGUGCGUGUUACUACUAGUAAGUAGAGAGGGAACCCAAGCACGAGCUCCUUCACGACUCCCGCCUUUACUACAUGAAGUGCGAGUAGGAUACGAGAUAGCCACCCUCCGUCCUCCCCUGUCAACAACCAUCCAUGGCUGUCUUCUCAUUGACCUUCAUCAUCGUUGUUGCCGUAUCUAUGCUGCACGUGAUAUGGGUGGCGGCGACAGCAUCAUCAUCAUCAUCUCCGCCACGUGCACUUUCCCCUCAGAGUCCGCCGUCGCCAUCGUCAAGGAGGGUAAAGCGAGGAGAUGCAUACUCAGCUGGCGAUGGCCGACCAUCGCUUGGCUUCGAGCGGGGGAAGCUUCUGAGGGAGGGAGCUCUGUUCGGCAACCUGAGGAUCCUGAACACGACAUUUUUAUCUGGCAGUAGCGAGUUGAUUGCAGAGAAUGCGAUGCUACCUAAGCCUCCCACUAAUGAACAGCAUGUUUGGGCCAUGGCUUUGUCGCCGCCGCCGGAUGACUCUCUCUUCUUCAUCAUGAGCGACCACAUCUACAAGCUCCCACUUGAUGUGGGGCCCGGCCGGAAAAUUGUCACCGCGAUCGCGGGGCCGUGGAUUAGCGCAGCGAAUACAAGCGUGGCAAUAGGGAUGGCGAUUGAGGAUCCCGACUUGGCGGGGUCGGGAUCCCCACAGAGCGGCAACAGCAACUCGUCGCGAGGGAGCAUUCUUCACGUGUCCGACUGCAGCAACUUCACUCUUCGAGCCUUGGCUAUGGACGGCACCGAACUCUUUUCUCGAAAUUACAGAGGAGUAUUGUUUGGUGACCAGAGCGAACUGAGCGGACCGUACGUUCCGUACUGUUUCCGGACGCUGGCCGUCGACAACGCCCGUCGUGUGCUCUACGCCGCGUCUUUUUACGCUAUCUACAGGAUGAACUUGACUUCGGACACUCUUAAGUUAUCCGCGGGUAGAGCAUUGGAUUGGGCCGCAGCUUGAAGGGGAGGGAUUCAGGGACAGCCAGGACCCUCUCGAAGUGCGUUUUAAUUGGGCCUAGAUUAGCUCGCAUGCCAUCUCUGAAGACGGGCAACUCAUUUAUGUUGCUGACAGAGAAAACCACUGCAUUCGGCGGAUCCGCGCCGCCACGGGAGAGGUGGAUACGAUUGCGGGAAGGAACGGGAGCAGGGCUUCGGAAGACGGCCCGGCGUUGAAUGCAAGUUUCAAUAAUCCCGUGGGCCUGACACUCACACGCGACGGCUGCAACCUUUUCGUUGCCGAGUUCCGCGGCAGAAACGACUUCGUAUCGGGGAAGUACGUUGGGCUACUCAGACUGAUUCACCUCAACAGCACGGGAGACGCACUAGCCGUGAUGAC